AAGACAAUGCUAUGCUUUGACAUUUUUAAAAAUGGUCCAUAUGGCCCAUAUGUCUGACAAGCCACGUAGGCCAUAAACAAUAUGAGACGGCUGGACAGUGGCUGAUUGGUAGGAGAGAGUCAACAUUUGGUAGGGCUCACUGUGCAAGCAGAGAUAGCAACCCUAUGAAUUGUGAGCACAACCUGAAUUACACCAAUGACGAGAGUACUGUCACAUCCAAACCAUUUACACUGAUGAGGUGACAUGAGCGAUAUUGAUCCAUCCAGGAUAGAUGGCCCUGGAAGAUAUAAAACUGAAGUCCCUUCCUACAGCCAGGAAGCAAAGACUCAAGUGGUUCCAGAUUCUGUCAGCAUGCUGUCUGUUGCACUGCUCUACAUUUUGGCCUUGGUUUUCCCUGCAGAUAAUGCGUUACCUUUAUACUCAGAUACAGCACUCACACCACAGGAAGACCUCCUUCAGAAACUGGUGACAGAAAUAGAGGAUGGACAGAGCAAUGACCUGAGCACACAAAGAGAUGUCAAAACCAUCCUUCCCAUCUUGCUUCACCAGGAACGAGAGAUCGACUCUUGGCCUAAUGGAGCGAAAGAAAAUCUCCAGCAGGAUAAAAUGAACCACAUGAUGGAUGACUUAAAAGAAGUAGUCAUGAAAUUAGCAGCAGCAGACAAGCUGCGCUCUCAAGGCUUUCUUCGAUCUGAGCAGAAUUUACCGAAACCCAACAAGAGAGCCUGUUUCUGGAAGUACUGUGUAACAAACUAGAAGUCCUGUGAGAAUUACAGAGGAUCAGUCAUCAAAAAGGUCACGUUUGUCUUCUCCCUCAAGCAUCAAUCCAUCAGCCCUUUAGCAACGUGUGCAUUAAUUUAACUACAGUACAUUAAACUAGAACAUGGAUAUAUUUUUAAACAACAUGAAUACAGAUAAUCUCUGUAAAAUAGUUAUGUAGAAAAGUGGAGCUUUGAUGAGGCCAACACUGUGUCUGUACAUGUUACAAGCAUUAUGUACAGCAAAUUUGAAUCACCUCUGUAUUUUUCAAUCAGCAGUACGUCUUCAUUCUAAAAUCUGCAUGUUCAUAAGCACACAAAAGAACAAAAAGAUGUGCACAAUGUUGGUGAUAUGUAUGAAAUUAUUUUUAUUUUUAAUUAAAAUUGUGAAAUGAAAUACAUUUGACCUUUUUCUUUAGUAAUGGUACUAUGAUCUGAAUGUAACAUUUUCUGUA